AUUUAAUAUGGAUAAGUAUUAUUCUAAUAACAAUAAUAAUAAUAAUAAUAAUAAUAAUGUAAUACGUAUUUCAUGAAAAACAUGAAAUUUCAAUAGUAAAUUUAUUGAUAACAUUAUUACAUUUAUCAUUAAAUGAACAUGUGGUUUUGGAAUAAUGCAAUAUGUGGAUUUUGUACUCGGGUUCCAAAUGUAUUUAUUGGCACGGUUGUAUUUUUCAAUCAGUUCUUCAUGACAUUCUAUAUGCGAAUAAUUGUAUAUGGAUGGCGAUCUGUUCAACGGGUGUAAAUCUUUAUAUUCUAACAAUCAUAACAUGUUAUAUGCUAUUUAUAUUACCUGAAAAACAAUUCAAUAAUUCAUAUCUAACAGAAAAACAAUAUUCAUUAGAAUUUAUUAAUAAUAAACCUGUUCGUAAUAAAUCUAUUCCAACUAGAUUAAAUAUAAUGAAUAAUAAAAAACGUUCUAUAAAAACAAUAAAUGAUUACAUGAAUAUAAGUAAUAAACAAUUAUUUACAACAAAGUCGAAUGAUUACAUAAUUGAAAAUAAUCAUUUCUAUAAUAAACAAAUAGAAAAACAAAAACAUUCUAAUCCCUAUAUUAGUACAUAUAAAUCUAAUUUAUCAUUACAAACAAAAUCAUUAUCAAAUAUAUUUACAAAUCAUUUAAAACAAUCUCAUAAUUCACAGUCUAUCAUAACAAAAAAAUUAUCAUCUUCAUUAUUAUCUAAUAAAAAUGAUAUAAAUGAACCAUAUUUUGAUCCAAAUCAAUCUGUAUAUAUCACUUCAAUUAUGAAUAAUACAGCUAGAAUUCCUUGUAAAGUAAAGAAUAUUGAUUUUUCUUCAACUGUCAUGUCAUGGUGGAAAGAGGAUUUGCCGACACCACUAACAGUAGGUAAUGAAAUAUCACUUCCUCGUUAUGAAAUUGAUCGUACCGAUCCUGGAUCUUGGACACUGAUGAUCUUUCAUGUUACUGAAACUGAUAGUGGAACAUAUAUUUGUCAAAUUAAUCUAGCCACCAUAAAAGAGAAAUUUUUCUACCUCAAAGUUAUUGCUCAGAAGAAUGAACCGGAUAUGACAAAAUUAAAUGAUGAAUAUGUCAAAGAUGAAAUAGUACAAAAUACAUUAUGGAGAGCAUCAAGUAAACAAAAAAGUGUUCAUAUCUUUAAUAAUCCUGGUCAAAACCAUCAUUUAACAUGUCUUGUUCAAUUUCAUCAUCCAACUACAACAUCAUCUAUUCAUUGGUAUUAUAAUGGAUAUAGAAUAUAUCCGAAAUUAGAAAGUAGGUUAUUUACUAAUAUAAAAAAACAUUUAAAUUUAGACAAUUAUUUAAAAUUAAAAGAAUUAUACGUGGAUAUACAAACCAAAUGGAUUAAUCGAACAACACAAAUGAGUAGAUUGAAAAUUGGACGAUUAACAAAAAAUAAUUCAGGCAUUUGGACUUGUCGUAAAGUUCCUGGAACUAACUUGGAAUCAUUAGAAGAGAGUUCAUUGGAUUUACAGAAAACAAACAUUAAAACUGAACCAAAAGAACUGUAUGAUACAUUCAAUGAUAAUACUGGCAAAUCUUUAGAGACAAGAUUAUUACCUUUGCAUAUUUAUAUUUAUUUCAUGUAUUUUUACAUUUUCUAUACCAUAUUGUAUUAUGCUUAUGUAUAGAUUUUGUUCUCUUUCUUUCUUCCUUUCAAAUAUGAAUUAUCAUCAGAUUCAAUACAUUUUUUAAUUUAUAGAAUUAUGAAGAAACUAAUUUCAAUCUUAUACCGGAUACCAAUAAAUGUUAUAUUGAUGGUUUUAUGCAUUUAUUUGAAUAAAUCUUCUUACCAGUUGUUGUUUUGUUUUUGUUGUGUUUUUCUUCUUUUUCUCCUUCUUUUUUUUGUUCACUAAUAGAAUGAUAUCAAGGAACAUAAUUAUGAAACAAAUUGGUAGGCAACUGAAACAAAAUUAAUUUUGUAAAUAAAUGUAUAAAUAUAUGGAUUGUCUCAAAGUAUUUAUUUGUUAUUUUCUCGUUGCCUUGUAAACUUAGAAUUACCAUAGUGAAAAUAUACUCUACC